CCGGGGCGCAGAGGUUGUUGGGAGUUGUAGUCCGAGCUGCCGUUGGCGAUUGCGUGUGCCAGAACGCUGAGUGCGGGAGCCGCGACGGAUCGAAUAUUAAACGGAGGAAUUGAGAGUCUGAAGGGAGUCAUGUCAAUGUUGGGCACCUUGCCAGUGGUAGCAGAAGAGCUUCUGAAGAAAGUGAGACAGGUGUAUCAAGAACAGUCACAAUGUGAGUGAGUGGGAAAUCGGGCUGGUCAUGUGGGCUUAUAUGGAGAAGCAGAAACCAACAGUGACAGAUGAACUCCUUCUGGCACUCAAAUUUGUUUUCGGCCCAGCUGCCUUGCAUGCCUUAGAGCUGGUGGAUCGACGUUCAGUUACACUCGUCCAGUCACCUAGUGGAAGAUCGCUGUACCAGCUCCCAAUCCUGGACGUCAUGGUAGAGCACAAGACAAAUGGGGAGCUCCAAACGAAAGUACACCGAAAAGCCACACACACGGACCAGGUACUGAACUUCAACAGUGACCAUCCCAGCACACACAAAGGUAGCUGCGUGCGAACACUGUUUAAACGGGCAACAACACACUGCAGCAACAUGGAACUAUGCCAAGAGGAAGAAGAAUAUCUCUUCCAGGUCUUCAAGGAUAAUGAAUAUCCAAAAAACAGGGAUGGAUCCAAAAAAGAAGAUGCCCUACACGAACAUCAGGAAGAUAUUACAUGCCCCGACACGCUCAUCACAUUACCCUACAUUAGGAACACACUGGAACUAACCACAAGACUCCUACGACUGCUGGGCAUCAGAGUGGCACACAAGCAUACAUCAACCCUACGACAACUGCUCACCCAAACUAAAGACCCACUCCCCGCCGUGGACAGGACCAACGUCAUCUAUAAGAUCCCCUGCAGAGACUGUGAGAAGCCCUACAUCGGACAAACAGGAAGGAAACUAACAACAAGGGAACACGAACGCCAACUGGCUACAAAAAGACACGACCAAUACUCACCUCACCUCAAUCCACAUGGACAAGGAGAACCACCGUUCAACUGGGGCAACACCAAAAUCCUGGGACAAGCUAUGCAGAGACACACGGGAAUUCCUAUAAGCCUGGUACUCCACGAAGAAAGCCAUUAAUAAACACAUAGAACUCGACCUCAUAUACACUCCACUACAAAGGAAAACCGGAAGUAAGUUGAUCCAGCUCAACGGACUCCAGAGUUUAAACUCCAUGCAGGAAAACACACCGACGCUUCAACGCAGGCUGCACUGAUGAUGUUACCAAGCACGGUAACAAAACAUCUGCGGAACAACAAACCAGCUCGGUGAGCCAACCAACCUCAAUAUUUGAGAGGUCUGUUCAAAAGUAUGAUAACAAUGGGAGAGGAAUAGUUCUUGAAUCUAUUUCUGAAGAAGGCUCCAGACCUGAAAUGUCAGCUUUCCUGCUCCUCUGAUGCUGCUUGGCCUGCUGUGUUCAUCCAGCUCCACACCUUGUUACCUUGAAUCUAUUCAUAUGUGUAUUCAAACUUUUAUAUCCUAUGCCUGACAGAAACAGAUGGAAGAGAGUGUAACCAGGCUUGGAGGGGUCUUUGAUUAUGUUGGUUGCUUUUCCAAGGCAGCAGGAAGUGUAGAGUCACUGAAUAGAAAGCUGGUUUGUGUGAUGGAUCAGACUGUGUCCACAACUCUCUAUAGUCUCUUGCAGUCUUAGGAAGAGCAGUUGCCAUGCUACACUGCGGUGCAUCUGUAAAACUUGUGAAGAGAUGGAUCAUCCACUCAGCACUUCUGGAUGAAGAUUGCUGUGGAAGCCAACCUUAUCUUUUGCACUGAUGUUCUGGCCUCCCCCAUUAUCGAGGUUGGGGAUAUUUAUGGACCCUCCUCCUCCAAUGAGUUGUUCAAUUGUCCGUCACCAUUCACGACUGGAUGUGGCAGGACCGCAGAUCUUUGAUCUGAUCCAUUGGUUGUGGUAUUGUUUAGCUCUGUCUGUCACUUGCUGCUUAUGCUGUUUGGUGUGCAAGUAGUCCUGCUUGGUGGUUUCGCCAGGUUGAUACCUCCUCUUCAGGUGUGCCUGGUGCUGCUCCUGGCAUGCCCUCCUGCACACUGUUGAUCCAGGGUUGAUCCCCUGGCUUGAUGGUAAUGGUUGAGUAGGGGAUAUACCAGGCCAUGUGGUUACAGAUUGUGCUGGAGUAUAGUUCUGCUGCUGAUUGCCCACAGUGCCUCAUGGAUGCCCAGUCUUGAGCCACUAAAUCUGUUCAAAGUCUGUCCCAUUUAGAAUGGUGAUAGUGUCUCUCAACACAAUUGAGGGUGUUCCCAGUAUGAAGGUGGGACUUUGCCUCCAUGAGGCAGUCUCUCUUACUGAUACUGUCAAGGACAGAUGCAUCUGCAGUCAGCAGAUUGGUAAGGAUGAGGUCAAAUAUGUUUUUCCCUCUUGUUGGUUCCCUCACGACCUGCCGCAGACCCAAUCUAGCAGCUAUGUCCUUGAGGACCCAACCAGCUCAAUCAGUAGUACUGCUACUGAGUCACUCUUGGUAAUGUGCAUUGAAAUCCCCCACCCAUAGUACAGUGUGCACCCUUGUCUCCCUCAGUGGUUCUUUUCAGUGAUCCUCAACAUGGAGGAGGAGCACUGAUUCAUCAGCAGCAGGAGGAUGGUGCAUGGUAAUCAGCAGGAGGUUCCCUUGCCCAUGUUUAACCUGAAGACAUGAGACUUCAUAGGCUCCACAGUCAAUGUUGAGGCCUCCCAAGCCAACUUCUUCCUGAUUGUAUACCACUGUUCUGUCACCCCUGCUGGGUCUGUCAUGCCAGUGACGCAGGACUUUUCCAGGGAUAAUGAUGAUAGUGUCUGGGACAUUCUCUGUUAGGUAUAGAACAUUACAGCACAGUACAGGCCCUUCGGCCCUCGAUGUUGUGCCGACCUGUCAUACCGAUCUCAAGCCCAUCUAACCUACACUACUCCAUGUACGUCCAUAUGCUUGUCCAAUGACGACUUAAAUGUACCUAAAGUUGGCGAAUCUACUACCAUUGCAGGCAAAGCGUUCCAUUCCCUUACUACUCUCUGAGUAAAGAAACAACCCUGACAUCUGUCCUAUAUUUUUCACCCCUCAAUUUAUGCCCCCUCGUGCUCGCCGUCACCAUCCUAGGAAAAAGGCUCUCCCUAUCCACCCUAUCUAACCCUCUGAUUAUUUUAUAUGUCUCAAUCAAGUCACAUCUCAACCUUUUUCUCUCUAAUGAAAACAGCCUCAAGUCCCUCAGCCUUUCCUCAUAAGACCUUCCCUCCAUACCAGGCAACAUCCUAGUAAAUCUCCUCUGCACCCUUUCCAAAGCUUCCACAUCCUCCUUGUAAUGCGGUGACCAGAACUGUACACAAUACUCCAAGUGCGGUCGCACCAGAGUUUUGUACAGCUUCACCAUAACCUCUUGGUUCCAGAG